GCGGGGGCACGGACAGCCGCGGGCAGGCAGAGCAGGGCACCGCGGGCAUGGCGCAGCUCUGCCAGCAGCAGCUCCCUGCGGCCAUUCCCCCGCGCGGACCGGGCAGCGGUGGGGGGCUGCCGGGGUCCCCGCUUCUCUUGCUUCUCUUCCUCCUCGCCUCCUCCGUGCGUGUCUGCAAAGGUGUUCCGAUGCCAUCCCAAGUGUUGGAGGCAGAGCAGGAACUGCAGCUGUGGAAGGAGAUAGACGAUGCCUGUUCUACCUACAUGUCCACAGAAUCUCAGCCUCAGAUGUCCAGUACACUGGAAGAACUUUGUUUUUUGGUCAUGGGAUUUCUCCAGAAGCCACAGGAUUUAGAUGAAAAAGACAACAUGAAAAGGUUCUUAUUUCAUUAUUCUAAGACUCAUGACUCAGGAAACUCAGAUGUCAGGUCGUCUGUCCUGCAUCCUUUGCUGCAACUCGUUCCCCAGCUUAAUGAGAGAAGACUGAAGAGAUACAAAGUGGACGAGGAUCUUCAAGGAGCUGGAGGGAUUCAAAGCAGAGGAUACUUUUUCUUCAGGCCGCGUAAUGGGAAGAGAUCAGUGGAUUUUCACUAAGGAGGAUUUCAGAUUCCUGAAGUAGAACUUACACUACAGGAAUGCUGAGUAUGGACAUAGGGUUAUCCUCACAGAGAUAAUUCCUUAUUAAUGUACAAUUAAAAAUCACUAGAAUGUAAAUGCUCUUACAUAAGAUUCACUGAAGAAUUCAAAUGUUUCUUUAAUUCCUUGAUUAUAUUAAAAGCAUAUUAAAAUUAUUUGUUUCCUAC